CAUAUUUCGACUAAAUAAAUUUAAAACAAUUCGAGAUAUGCCAAGAAAAGGAAUGAGGAGCUUAUGCUUUUCCCCUAAGCAUUCGUCCUCCUCCUCCACCUCCACAUUCUCCCACUCUCCUUCUCCGUCCCGGUUCGGCUUCUCGCCUUCGCGGCCGAGUUUCUCCGACUCGGUGAUGGACCGGACGCUCGACCUGGCCGAUCCGGUUAUCAAUAAAUGGAACCCCGAAACCACCACCUUCGCCCGAGUCACCUCUCUCUUCUAUGAGAACCGCCGCGAGGCUAAGGAUUUCAUCAAAACCGUCUAUAAUUUGCAGAAGGCCAUGCACUUCCUCGUCAUGGAGAAUUCGAGCUCGGAAAAGUUAGUUCGCGCGCAGAAUUUGAUGCAGAUCGCGAUGAAGCGGCUGCAGAAGGAGUUCUACCAGAUCCUCUCGAUGAACCGGGCUCACCUCGACCCCGAGUCUGUCUCGACUCGGUCAUCGCGCACCUCCAUUGCUUCCAGCUCUUCCUACAACGACGAUGACGAUGAAGAAGCUGAAGAAGAAGGUGAAGCUGCGGAUGGAUCGAUUUCUGAGGUUGAAGAUGCUUCCAUGGCGGCGAUGUCGGAUUUGAGAUUGAUCGCCGAGUGUAUGAUCUCCUCCGGCUACGCCAAGGAGUGCCUGAAGAUUUACAAAAUUAUACGGAAAUCGAUCGUCGACGAAGGCAUCUACAAGCUCGGCGUGGAGAAAUUGAGUUCCUCGCAGAUUCAUAAAAUGGAUUGGGAGGUUCUGGAUCUGAGGAUUAAGAACUGGCUGAGCGCGGUGCGCACCGCCGUGCAGACGCUCUUCAACGGCGAGAGAAUUCUCUGCGAUGAGGUCUUCGCCUCUUCGGAUUCCAUCCGAGAAUCGUGCUUCCAUGAAAUCGCCAAGGAAGGCGCCGUGCUCCUCUUCGCAUUUCCGGAGAAUGUGGCCAAGCACAGCAAAAAAUCGCCGGACAAAGUUUUUCGAAUACUCGAUAUGUAUACCGGAAUCGCCAACCACUGGCCGGAAAUCGAGUCGAUCUUCUCAUUCGAAUCUACCGCCGCCAUCAAAUCGCAGGCGCUGACGUCGCUUGUCAAACUCGGCGAGUUCGUCCGUGCCGCACUGAACGAGUUCGAGGCGGCGAUCCAGAAGGACUCCUCGAAAUCUCCGGUCGCCGGCGCCGGAACUCACUUUCUGACGAUCGAAGCGAUGGAUUACCUCUCCAACCUGGCCGAUUACAGCAACGUCCUAGCGGAUAUCCUAGGCGAUUCUCCGCCGGCGCCGAAGAAAAAUCUGCCAGAAACUUACUUCGGCUUCUCCGACUCUGAGGAAUCGCCGGCGCCGGCGAUAACCGUGAAAAUGGCGUGGCUGAUCCUCGUCCUUCUCUGCAAGAUCGACACGAAAGCGAAGUACUACAAAGACGCGGCGCUAGCGUACCUAUUCCUCGCCAACAACCUCCAAUACGUCGUCGUAAAGGUGCAGACCUCGAAUCUGAAGUAUCUCCUCGGCGACGAAUGGCUAACGAAGCACGAGGGAAAUGUGAAGCAGUUCGCGGCAAAUUACCAACGGCUGGGAUGGGGCCACGUCAUCGACUCGCUCCCGACGGAUCCGACGGCCGUGGCUCCGGAGAAGGUCGCUGAGAUUUUUAAGAAGUUCAACUCGGAGUUCGAUCAAGCGCACAGGAAGCAGGUGCUCUGCGUCGUACACGAUCAAAAGCUCCGCGACCACAUAAAAGUCUCGAUCGCGAGAAAGAUGGUGAGAUUGUAUCGCGAGUUUUACAACGCGAACCGCAAUAAAAUAGCGGGAGAGAGAUAUUCGGCGACUGUGGUCAGAUAUGCCCCUGAGGAUGUAGGGCAUCGUCUGUCCGAUUUGUUUUUUGGGGCAGGGAGUUCAUCGUCAUUUGAGUCGUCGCCUUCUGAUUCUCGGAGCCCGAGAUCUCGCUGAGAAAAGAUAAAUUGGAUUUUGUAGCCGUAGAGAUGAAUAUAUAUCUCUCGGCACUUAAAUACUAGUACUACUGUAUGUGAGUAUAUAGACAUUGAUGAUUGUAUAUUUCAAGUGAAUUUUA